AUGUCAGGAACCUCGAUUUCGGAGACUCCGGCACUGACGCCUCAAUUCUGUUUCAAUGAAAAGCUUCUUCGAGAUUUUCUUCGCCUAUCCCGCUCGACAAUCGACGAUUCAAUUACACAGAAUCUAAAUGCCUUGAUUACGCCCGCUCGAGAAGGGUUCGACCCAUCAUCUACCGCCGUGCGACAAACCGAUUCCAGAGGCCAGAAAGUCAUCCACCCCGAAGCUUGCCAGGGCUUCAAGGAGAACGUGCUAUUCUCCUCAUGGCAAACCCGCUCUGACGUGUUGAAUUAUUGCGCUGGGGUAGCUACCAGUCCCGAUCCUGAAGAUCCGGACUUGAUUCUUCGAGAAACCGAGUCCGCCCGAGACCGAGAGCGAGUCGUCGAUGAACGACUAGACCCAUAUUCGGGUCGCUUCUUCCCCAAAGAGCCUCGAACUGAGUCGCUGGCUAAUUUGGUUCGGAACCAGCGCACGGUGGAGGAAAUCAUACGAGCGCGAACCUGGGGGCUGGUGUCAGAAAGAUGUGGCGCUAGCUCGUCAUGGGAAGAUGCUCUCAAUAGCUGGCGACACAAGCACCAGCGAUGA